UGUCGAAAUAAAAAAAUUAAAUUAUCAAAGACUUCUUUCAAAAUUGUUACAAAUGCAGUGUAAAAAUUAGCCUUUAGAAUCUUUGAAUUGAUUGAAAUUAACUUGUGUAAACAAAGUAACUCAUUUCAGUCAAUUUAAUAUGUCAUUAUUUCGUAAACCGAGGAGGAUCCAGCGACGCGUGUUCUGUGCUGAUGAUGAUGAGGAAGAUGGUGAGCCCGAAGCUCCACCUCCGCCGGUCAUUAGCCAAGAGAAGGAGGUUAAAGAGAAGAAAUCAGUUAAAACAACUGCCCUACUUAGUUUUGCAGAUGAAGAAGAAGAAGAAUGUGAAGUCUUCAAAGUGAAGAAGUCCUCGCAGAGUAAGAGAAUUUCCAAAAGGAGAGACAAGGAGAAAAAACGUCCGUUUGAUGGUGAUAAUAACAGAUAUGACAAUAAUGGGCAUGAGGACAACAACGACAAUGGUGUAAUACCUAUGGAGGUGGACGAACAGAAGCCUAAAAAGAAGAAAAUAACACUAGAAGGACUGAUACUAUCGGGCAGAGAGGCUCUGGCUGCUGAUGGAGCCGGAGAUAUCUCUGAUGAUGAUGAGCCUGAUGAAGGGGGCAAGUUCCCUCAGUACCGCCCUGAGUCGGUGAGGGCUGCACUGGCGGUCGCGGCCGGCGACAUACCCGACGCCGCGCUCAUCCACGCCGCUAGAAAGACGCGACAGCAGGCUCGCGAGCUAGGUGGUGAUUACGUUCCACUGAAGCCGGAAGCUGGCCCUGGGUCCAGACUGGUCAGAGACGAUGACGGGUCGGGUGAUGACGAGGAAGAAGGUAGGAUAGCUGUCAGAGGCCUUGAACUGCCCAGCGAUAGACCACAACGUGGGACAGCGGCCGCGACUCCUGAGGAAGAAUUGAAUAGUGACGUCGAAGAGUGGGAGGAGCAACAACUACAAAAAGCAAGACCUGUUAUUGCUGAUAUCACAGGCGAUAAUACAGAAGUGAACCCAUUCGCGGUGCCUCUUCCGUUGGCGAGCACGAAGACGCCCCUCCGCCCGCUGCUGGUGGACUCGGAGCGAGCCCCGGCCUCCGCGCAGGACCUGGUCGACGCGCUACGCAACCGGAUGGAGGAGCUGCGGGGCGAGCGCGCGGAGGCGCAGUGCCGGCGGGCGGCGGGCGCGGGGCGGCUGGCGGGCGCGGUGCGGGCGCGGGACACGCGGGCCGCCCGCCGCGCCGCCCUGGACACGGCGUACCGGCGCGCGCAGGCCGCCCGGGGCUACCUCACCGACCUCAUCGAGUGUCUCGACGAGAAGAUGCCGAAGCUAGAAGCACUAGAAGCGAGAGCGCUGGCGAUGCACAAGAGAAGAUGCGAUUUCCUGGUGGAGAGGAGACGCGCGGACGUCCGCGACCAGGCGCAGGACGUGCUGGCCAUGGCCGCUCGUCCCGGAUCAGUCAAACCUGUUGAUUCCGAAGAGAAGAUACGCAGAGCAGCAGAACGCGAGGGUAGGAGACGAGCUCGACGCCUCAAGAGAGAGGCCACUGCUGCCGCAGCAGGCGCUCACGUCAGGCACAGGGACGGCGACUCUAGCGAUGAUGAACUGCCUCCGCAUGAGCUACACCACUAUACGCAGGAGAGAGCCGCAAUUCGCGCUGAGUCAGCACAGCUAUUCUCGGACGCGCUGUCAGCGUGGCGCGGCGUGCGCGGCGUGUGCAGGCGGCUGGCGAGGUGGCGCGCCGCCGACCCCGCGCUGUACUGUGACGCGUACGUCGCGGACUCCCUGCCGCGACUGUUGGCGCCCUACGUGCGACACGAGAUGAUAUUAUGGAAUCCUCUGGCUGACGAAGAUAACGAAGACUAUGAGAGAAUGGAUUGGUACAAAUGCUUGAUGAUGUAUGGCGUUCGUAACGAGAAGACGUCAAGCGAUUCUUCAGAUUCUGAUAUGGAGCACGACGGUCACACUGUGGUCACAGAGAGCUCCGUGCGGGAUGAUAUCGACCUCAUGCUUGUACCCACUAUUGUCGGGAGGGUGGUUAUACCUAAACUCACAGAGCUGGUGGAGCAGGCGUGGGACCCGAUGUGCGUGCGCGCGUGCAUACGGCUGCGUGCGCUAGUGUCCCGCGCCGCCGCCGUGCCCCGCGCCCGCCCCGCGCUGGCCCGCCUGGCCGCCGCGCUGCACGCCGCGCUGCACUCUGCGCUCAACGCCGACGUGUUCCUGCCUGCGCUGCCGCCUGCGGUGCUGGAGGGCGGCGGCGGUGGGUUCUGGCGGCGCUGCGUGGGCGCGGGCGUGCGGCUGCUGCGCGGUGCGCUGGCACUGGUGGCGCCGCCCGCACUGCUGCGGGCCGACGCACUCGUGCUGCAACUCGUCGAGCGGCUGAGCUUCGCGGCGGGCGCGGCGGCGGGCCCGCAGGCGGCCUGGGCGGCCAGCGUGCUCGCGGGGGCGCUGCCGCGGGGGGAGCUACGCCCCCACGCGCUCCGCCCCCUGCGCCGUCUGGCCACCACCACGAUGGCCGCCCUACAACCAGACAACCCGCUUCACAUGAAAGCGUUAGAACAAGUACGAGCGAUCUUAUCAGAAGCCGAAGAGACGGAAAAUAAAAUCGAAGACGCGCAGAAACAAACGAAGCACAACUCUCGAAUGUGAUCCCCGCCGGGGGGGCGCGCAUUGGUGUCCUUCCACUGAGGGGGACGUGCGGGCCCCUCCCACCCACGCGUGACGUGCGGGCCCCGCCCACUCACGCGUGACGGUGGGAUGCACGUGACACCGGCUACACAAGACGUAUCCUCCGAUUCUAAGUCCAUAAAACAGUUCAAGUUGACUUGACAAUGAAAGAACGCGUUCACGUAUUUUUUCUACUCUUACCAUAAUGAUACGUUAUAGUGGACCGCCCGGUCUAUAGACCUCCAGUAUACUAGAGGCGUUGCAUCUCGCUCUAUCCGUACUGUCUAAUACUUCGCAUCUCUAUAUUUAUAAUAAAAUCAUUACACACACAUUACAGUGUGGGCCACUGUAAUAUUUUUUUCUUUACAUACAUGGAUUUGCAUUUUUUCUAAUAAUUUUCUGAAUGCGUCACCUAGUCAUUAUUUGACUAGCAUGAACGACCAUUGCGAUGAUCGAAGUUCGACAUAAUUAUUGACUUCUCUUUAAAUGUAAUAUUGUCUCUGUGUUUAAUGGAAUACAUAUAACAAAAAUUGAAAUUAAAAUUAGAAGUUAAAAAAAUGAUAUAUUCCCAAAAAGGUUUAUAGACAACAUUAAAAAAUGAUUCGAAUAACCUUAAAAACUUGGCAUUAACAUUGUCAAUGCCUGUAAGCUGCUUGUCUCAAUGGAACAUA